CAGACGGCGGGGUACAGCUCGUUUGCAGCUUGAUUAAGACAAUUUAGGGAAAUAAAUGACUCGUUGACAAGAUUAUAUCCGCCUAUAGAAGUAAAUGAAAUGAAAAUGUGGCUUAUAAAUAUUGUUUAAGUUAUAUUUGCGUUUGUACAACGAGUGCAUCGUAGUAUAAAAAUGUAUUUUCAGUGCAUCAUAGGAGCCAUUUUUACAGUAUUUAUUUUGUGCGUUCAUUGUGAUAAUGCAGUUAAUUACAACGAAAGUAUGAAGAUUUAUGUUCCGUCCGAACCGCUGAAUUUAACAGUGAUUAAUGUGACUAGCGAAAUUAUUCAUCUGUCAUGGACCCCGCCAUCCACUUUCAAUAUCAAACUGCUUACAACAGCCAGUGACGAUGCACCCAAACCAGAUCCAGACCAAGCCACGGAGAGAGCUAAACAUGAAACCCUUGCCGAUGAACCCGUUAAUGACGUAGAAUCACACGCAACCCUAACUGACGCAUCCACGAUCCCAGAGAAAUUAGAUUACUCUCCAUUUCUAUACAAAAACGACAAGUCUAAGUACAACGAUGAAUAUGCUUCAUCAGAUAUAUUAUUCGACAAGUCAUACCGAAGUUUAAGAGAGAGACGCUCCCAUCGACAUAGAAAGAGACGACAGGAUAGUAAUUCUACUGACCCGAGGCUACAUUUGGAGAAAGUUCCAGAAGAUACACACGAAGAGUUUCAAUUACCGAUAGAAGUGGUAAAGAAAGCGUCAGCUAAUAUACCUCAUAAAGAUUUGACGCAGAUUGCUUACGUUUUAUACUACGAACAAGGAGUACCGAGGUAUAAUGCGGCGUCUAUCGUCGGUGUACAAAAAUCUACGGAUGUUAAGAGGAAUAACGUAUUCCCAAGUGAUCUGGGAAUGGAAAACUAUUCGAAAGCGACGAGGAAUAUAACAUUGUUAAAUAAACUGGGCGUCCUCACGAAAGUAGUUGGCUUUCGUUUAAGAAACUUGAAACCGUUCACACCAUACAAGAUAUGGGUGAAGGCUUUCUACAAGUUCUCAUUCAGCGGCGUCAGUUCAUCAGAUCUGCUGGAACGGUUAGGCCCACAAUCGGAGCCACUAUACGUACUGACAGAUGUGAGGCCGCCAUCAGCACCUAUCAUAUUAAAUCUGACAUGUGAUCAGCCUAAUGGCAUGCUGUAUCUUCAAUGGCGACAACCGUUGGAGUACAAUAACUCAUUGGACCAGUACGUGGUGACGGUGCGGAAGGUUCCAGAACAACAGCCUAGGACCACACUGAGGUUACCUACCAACAAGACUGAUAUAGAUACAGCUAUUAAUGUGCCAGUGGAACUGUGGAACGUUUCGCGGUACGAGGUGAAGAUCUUCGCCGUUACCCGCUCAGUCGCUAAACCUGGAAUACUUGUUAAUGGAUUGGAAUCACCUCCAGAGGAGGUAUCAAGCGAGUCGUGUGUGGCAUACUCGGCGGCGCGUCAACCGAGCGAGAUGACGCGCACGGGGCGCAGCGUGGGCACUGCGGCCUUGCUGGCUGUCACACUGCUGGCUGUGCUGGCGGCUGUUGGUGCUGCUGUACUGUACUGGAGAUGCCGAUCUCGUUUGAGUAAAUGCAUCAGUGCGGCGUACAAUUAUUUAGAAGAGGGAGGUGAGAGAGCUGCGCGGGCGCCAUUAAAUGUUUACAAGAAACCUGGUGUACAAUCUGCAGCGCUGUGCUCUCCGCUGCGCGCUGGCGGGGGCGGGGGCAGCGUGUGCGGGGGCGGGGAGGAGGCGGAGGCGGCGCGGCCCCCGCGUAUGGCCGGCGCCGCACGCCCGCCAUUGCGCGCUCGCGCCUUCGUGCGACAUGUCGCCUCGCUGCACGCUGACGGAGACAUCGGCUUCAGCAAGGAGUAUGAAAUUGUAGUAGCGAAGUCUGCGGCUCUCGGCCACACAAGUCAUCACAGCUAUCGUCCUGAGAACAGAUUGAAGAAUCGCUAUUUAAAUAUUACAGCUUAUGAUCACUCCCGUGUGUGUGUGUCUGCGGGCGCGCGGUGCGGGGCUGCAGGCUGUGUGGGCGCAGGUCGCGGUGCCGCGUGUGAUUACGUCAACGCCAACUUCAUUGACGGCAUGCUGCCUGCACUGGACACACGCGCUGAGAGACGUCUCGAGCGCAAGCUGCAGCGACGUGCGAAACCACAGAGACAACCAUCAGUGAAGCAAUCCAAGCCACCGCCGAACUUGGCUGAGGGCAUAGAGUCUGCUUUCCUCAACAUCGAGUUCUCCGGCAUCGUGGAGUCGGAGGAGCAGCCCGAGGACUCUGACAGUGACAGGAGUGACGAUGACAGCGAGCUGGAUGACGUUUAUGUGGAUAUCAAUGGUGUGCCGCGUCGUGUGAAGUUGGAGUGGUUGGUGUGGCGGCGGCGGUACAUCGCCACUCAGGGCCCCACUCCUGCCACGCUCGAUGCCUUCUGGCGUAUGAUCUGGCAACACCGAGUACACACUGUUGUUAUGAUCACUAAUCUAGUGGAAAGAGGCAGGCGCAAAUGUGACAUGUACUGGCCGGCGGGAGGUCGCGGCAGUAGCGCGGAGUUCGGCGGAGUGCGCGUCACAUUGUUACACGAGGACGUGCGCGCCGCGUACACUGUACGUAAGCUGCGCGUGCGCCUCAUACACAAGUGUGAAGGUGCUGAAGAUACUGCGGAUAGUGGUCGCAUCAUACUUCAGUACCACUACACAGUAUGGCCAGAUCACGGAACUCCUCGUCAUCCGCUCGCUGUAUUGCCCUUCGUUAAAGCCGCCUCUGCUGACCCUGGCACAGUACUCGUACAUUGCAGUGCUGGUGUGGGCCGAACUGGUACUUACAUAGUACUAGACGCACAAUUAAACCAACUAAAAUUAACCGGCACUCUGUCACCUCUUGGUUUCCUCUGUCGUGCUCGUACACAAAGAAACCAUCUGGUACAAACUGAAGAACAAUACGUAUUCGUACACGACGCGUUACUUGAACAUGUCAGGUCCGGGAACACAGAAGUAGAAUUCGCUAAAGCCAGAGAAUACCUCCAGAAUCUUCUAGAAGAUAUAUCAGAAGAAGAAUUAGCAGUUAUGGAUCUCAAUCUACCAAGACCGAAGAGUGUCAAUGAUGUUAACGGUGAAACAUCUAGUAUUAAAUCCAGUCAGAAUAUUUCAGAUAAAGAUGAAAUGGUUGAUGGCAGCCAAAUAUCAAUAAAGACUGAUGAAUUAAAUAGUGAAUUGAGUAAAUCUUCGGUAAGAGAUGGAGAUAAUGAGGAGCAGAGUACGGGAUUGGUGAACGGAGAUGAGUCAGAGGGAGUGUAUGACUUGGCUCCCCGCUCUACGGACACAUAUAGUAAGAAUAUGGCCGCUUAUAAUAAUUUAAAUGAACAAGAGAAGGAAGAGAUCAGACGAGCAAAUAGAGCUGAAAACUACGCGUUAUUAGAGCGGAUGCGAUCACUUGCAAAUCGCAACAACGUGUACCAAGGACCACCGCCUGUUAACUUGUUAGAAAAACAAUUCCAGUUGAUAACUCGUUCGUGUGUGGAGCCAAGUGUAUGCGCACGCGCACCACACAAUGCGGACAAGAACAGACCCGGCGGUAUCCUGCCCUCUGACUCUGCCAGGGUCAUGCUCGUACCUAAACCUGGGGUCGAAGGUAGUGAGUACGUGAACGCAUCGUGGGUGUGCGGAUGGCGGCGGCUGCGCGAGUUCGCAGUGGCGCAGCACCCGGGCGACGCCCCCGAGCUGUGGCGGCUGCUGUGGGACCACACCGCACAGAUCGUGCUGCUCCUGCACGACCCUGACGACCCUGAGUGCGACGUGUUCUGGCCGACGGAGGAAGACAAGGAGUUGUUUGUGGCUAACUUUAGAGCGAGCUUCGUGUGUAAAGAUGUGUACGUAGCGCACAGGAAGAGCGAGCGCAAGCCGGCGGAGGCCGAGCCCGAAGUGAACGGCUACCGGCGGCAGGAGAGCGAGUGCGCCGACGACGAGCGCCUCAUACCUGACAAUAACUCCCCGGUCAUCGACACAGAACCCGCCUACAGGUUCGACAGGACCGAGCUCAGGCUGGAGAGGCUCAGCGCUGGCAGCAGGGACCUCUCGGCUAGGAAGUCUAUAGCCAACGGGGACCUCUUCUCAUCCCUCUCCGAAAAGAAAAACGGACCCAAAUCUCCAAAGAGCCCAUCCAAAAUGUCCCUUAAAAACUUCAAACUCAGUUCCCCCACAAAGUUCAAAUUCCCCGAGUGGGGCGCUCGGACGGCGGGGUCUCCGCCGGACACGGCACCACCCCCGCCGCCCGUGGAGCCCGCGCUCUCCGUCGAGGAGGAGACUGAGCUCCGGAGACCAUGUUACUACUUCGAAAAAGUCACCGAAGUGCCGGACAAUGUAUCAUCCGAUAGGAUUAUCGAAGUUACAAAUGUGAGUGUACAUUCGCUGCAAGACGAUUACCAGCUAAGUGUUAAGUUUAUAAAGUGUAGUGGAUGGCUGGAGGGGGAGACGACUUCGUACGUUGCGGGCAGGCCCGAUGACAACGAGUACGUACACGCGGUGCGGAGCAGUGCGGGUGCGGAGCGAGACCGCGCACUCGACGCACUCAUCGCACCCUACAGGGACUCCUUCGGUCUCAUCGAGUUCGUCGCCGGCUGCCAAAUGGAGUACAAGAAUGGACCUGUUAUUGUUGUUGAUAAGUACGGUGGUUGGAAGGCUCUAAGUUUCUGCGCACUGAGCGCGGCGUGCGGAGGUCUGGGCGCGGAGGCGGCGGAGCUGUACUGCAGCUGGGCGCUGUCUGCGCACGCGCGCUGUCCCGCCGGCCCCCACUCCCCCCACACGCCGCAGUCCCCCCACUCGCAGUCGCAGUCCCCCAGCUCGAGCGUGUCCCAAUCUGCGCAGUCCCCCCACUCCCCCGCGGCGCUGCUCGCCACCUACUGCGCACUCGCCGCUUACGGACCGAUGCUCAGUGCACGGAAGAGCUGAACCGGGUAUCGCAGACCGCACCAGAGCUGGUAAUGCACAAUACUUGUACUAUACUCAGUGCGUUGUGGUUGCGCUCGUAAUUCUCCACGUGUUGAAGCGCUGCUUGACUGUAAUUAGACAAAUUUUGCCAUUUAUUUUAUAUACGGCAGCCAUCUUUGAUUUGACGCGUCGACCUCUCAAAAUGGCGGUAAACUUUUGCUCGGAACUUUGCAUUUUAUGUAAUUUAAGAAUUAU